AUGGUUAAAGGCGGUUAUGGUGGCGGUGGUAAUGCAUUUAACUUUUAUUCGAGUAGCACAGACUACGGCUCAGGAAGUGGCGGUGGUCAAACCGCUGUCAAGUUCUUCUCAAAUGACCUUUGGCAUCGAGUGAUCGUGGCAGGUGCUGGAGGUGGGUCUGACAAUUCUUAUACCUAUCCAAAUAUGGUUGAUGAUGGAUCAGGUGGUUCAGGAGGUGGUCUUACCGCUCAAGGGUGUUGGAUAAACGGUGCACUCAAAUCAGAUAAAUUGGCAAAUUCCACUUUUGGUUUCACAUUCGGUUCUGGAGAGUCGGCCCAAGAAAAAGGAUCCAAGAACCCAAAUGGAAUUCUCAUAUGA